GAGCGGACGGAAGAGCUCAGAGGUCGGAGAAGCAUAGAGGAAUAUCUGAGUCAUGGCGUCGACGUUUUACAGCCUAACCGCCAGACUGUUAACAGGAGAAAUAUUUAAUUUCUCCUCUCUUCAGGGAAAAGUCGUCCUCAUCGAGAAUGUCGCGUCUCUUUGAGGCACGACUGUCAGGGAUUACACCCAGAUGAACGAACUCCAAGAGCGGUACGCCGGCAAGGGGCUCGUUAUCCUGGGAGUACCCUGCAACCAGUUCGGCCACCAGGAGAACUGCAAGAAUGAAGAAAUCCUGCUCUCCCUGAAGUAUGUCCGUCCUGGAAACGGCUUUGAGCCCCAGUUUAAGCUCCUGGAGAAGGUGGACAUCAAUGGGAAGGAUGCCCAUCCCCUGUUUGUGUUCCUGAAAGAAAAGCUCCCCUUCCCCAGCGACGAGCCUUCAUCCCUGAUGAAUGAUCCCAAGCUGAUCAUCUGGAGCCCGGUGAGCAGGAACGACGUGGCCUGGAACUUUGAGAAGUUCCUAAUUGGCCCAGACGGAGAGCCUUUUAAGCGUUACAGCAGGAGAUUCCUCACCAGCGACAUCGAGGGAGACAUCAAGAAGCUCCUCAGCCAGGCAAACUAAACACCCUACAGCUCACGCUUGCCCCAUUAUCUCCAGCACUAAGCCAGGGUGUGCAACUUGUAAUUCAUCAGGGCAGACAUCACUGGGCUUUUCGUAUUCCCUCCAUGGUUUCUCUAGAUGGUUUUUCCUUUGGCAUCACCUGUGCUGCCCUGUGUCUGAUGGCUGUGUUGUUCGUUUUUACUUCAUGAAGACAUCCUCUGAAACCAGGUGUAAGGGGGCUGUCGGAUCAAAUGUAAAAGGUGCAACUUUUACAGCUGCAUCAGCUGCAUGUCAAGCACAGCUGUGGUGUAACGUACAACGAGGACCAAUAAAUACUUUUUUCCAAA